AUGGCGCAGGGUGCAGACGCGGCACCGACGCCGGCCUUUUGCUCGCUGCGCUGGAGGGUAUACUGGGGCGACCUUCCGAGCCAUACGCCGAGCACAUGGAGCGCCCAAGCGGCGGCGCAGCGACGUGCGUACCGCCAUCUAUGCGCGACGUUCCGCAAGCGUCUCGAGGCGCCUGUGCCGAAUGAGCCGCUGGAUCCUUUGCAGAGCGGCGCGAAAAACGUGUGGCAGGAGCAGCAUGCUGCGCGGCAGAACCAGGAGCAGAUCGAGCUCGACGUGCAGCGCCUCGAGAUGGACGACGCGCCGCGCCGCGCCCUCGCGCAGCUCCUGUACGUGUGGGCGUGCGUGCACGCGGACCUCGGCUACCGCCAAGGGAUGCACGAGCUUGCGGCAUUUCUGUGGAAGGUGCGCGCGGACGACGCACAGCGCGCACAGCGCGACGCGCGCUCCGCCGGGACCUAUCCGCCAGCCGUCGCCGAGGCGCGUGCGGGCAACCAGCUGCCCACGUCGCUGAGCCAAGACGACGUGCAGCUCCUGCUCGCCCCCGACGAGGUCGAGGCCGAUACUUUUUUUCUCGUGAGCAGCCUGCUGCACCGCCUGCGCCCGUACUUUGGCGCAGAGCGCACCGGGACACCGGCGCUGCUCAAGGCGCUGCUGCACCGCGUCGACCCAGCGCUCGCGCAGCACCUCGCGACGCUGCAGCUCGACUGGCAGCCGAUCCUCCUGCGCUGGCACCGCCUGCUCUACCUGCACGAGUUUUCCGCGGACGAGAUUUUGCGGUUAUGGGACGCGCUGCUGUACGCCGAUCCUGCGCUGGAGCUGGUGCAGUACGUGUCGGUAGCCAUGGUCCUGCGGCAGCGCGACGUGCUCUUAUCUGCGGACUAUGGCGUGGCAAUGCAGGCGUUGAUGCACUAUGCCGAGGCGCACACCUCGUCCGCGCGCCUCGUCGACCAGGCCGAGGCGAUGCACGCCGCACCGACGCCGGCGACCGGCGCGUCGAUCGCGAGCGAAAACCGGACCGAGCCGCUGCCCGAGGCGAGCGUCGCAGCAAAAGCGCGCGACCGCCUGUACGAGCUGACCGAGAGCGGCGCGGCGCGCCUCGCGCACCUCGCCGCCUUUCAGCGGCGCGAGGCCAGCGCCCCUGCGUGGAGUCCACGCGCCGAGGACCGCCUGCGCAGCGAGCAGCGCGACAAAGAUACCCAGCGCCGGCGUGCGAUGCUUUCCCUAGACGACGAUAAGGCUCCUUAG